AUGUGUCGCAGGCACAUGCCGGAGAUGACCCGAACCUUUUGUGACGACGAGGACAUCCGGCAGACCCUCCUGGACCACGCCGGCAAGUAUAGUAAGGACUUGUCCAAUGUCUUGCAGAGUCCAGCCCAUCGUGCCGACCUUUUCAGGUAUGUGUAUCUGUACGAGCACGGGGGCCUCUAUCUUGACAUCAAGUGCUCGUUGAGGAUGCAGUUUGAUGAGCUUCGGUCCUGCUUAGCUGAGGAGUGGGGCACUGCCCAGUCUUACGCGCACUCAGCGCUGGGGCACUGCCCAUCCCCGCCCGGGCAGCUACCAAAGGACUACAUGGUCAUGGCCAUCGGUAACCGAGGCGAUCACAUCUUUCACGGCAUUAUUUACUGCCGGCCUCGCCAUCCGCUGGUUGUGGAGGCCAUCGUUCAGUUCUACAGCCCGCCCAUUUUCGAAGGGGCUGCAGCUAGCGACUACCUCAUCUUUUGCAAGUACCUCUAUCGCGUUCUCCGAGAGAAACUGGGACAUCCCCCGCAGCAUGGAUGGAACAUUUCCAGCAGAUUUGGUCCGAUCUAUCUACUACGGGAACGCCACAGCAAAGACCUCCAGGCUCACUCCGAAAUCCCCACGGAUGGCCACUACAUGGUCACGCGCCUCAACAAGAUCGCCAUGUUCACUCGAUGCUGGAACUGGAAGCGCGGCUUUGCUGGAGAUCUCGCGGCCAAGGCGAGGAAUGAGGCCCAAAUACUUCGAGCCAUGCCGGAGGCCGCUUCGGACGCUGCCUGGGCCAGGAGUCAGGCGACCUCCCCCACCAGUCCACUUCCAGGGCGAUGCAUGCAUCUCACGUCUGUGUUGGAGACUCCAAAUGCUGCAGAGGUGGUCUUCAAGCCUCCCCCGCCCCUUGCACACGGCAACUCCACCGCGUCCCUGCCGGGCCUUCCCAGCUCACCACCGAAACUGAGCCUGGGAGGCGAUGCUUGGGACCCACGCCCUCCACUAUGCCUGAUGCCGGGCUUGGUCGCUUGGUUGGAGGGGUUUGGAGGGCAGGCGCUUUGCUGGGCGCAGCUCGCGGCGAUCUGGUGGCCAGAGGCCGACGGAGGAGGCAGGCCUGGUCGCUGCGCUGAGUCCUAUGAGCUCCAGGAGUGGCUACGUGUCCUUUGCAGAAUGCACGUCUUGACGCAGCAGAUGCUGCUGGGCGGCCUGGAAUACGACGAGCUGAUACCGCUUUGGACUGAGAAGGGGGUCACUUGGCACGUCGUGGAAACCGCGAAGCUGGUGGCAGGGGACAACGGUUUUGUCGCAGUCGCUACAGGCAAGGAUGAGACCUACACGAUUGUCCAGGACCACAGCCGCUUCAUGCUCAUCGCCACCUCCAUCAAUGCCGUCUACGACUACACUGCCCGCAAGAUGGAGCUGCCGGCAAGGCUGGUUGUGGCGCAGGAUGGCAAACAUGUUCAUGUCAAGCACAACUGCGGCGACUCCCCGACCUAUCUCCAGCAGCACCCGGAGCUAGCCCAAGCGGCGACAAAGCGCCAGC